UUGCGUCACGAUCAGCCCCAUGCCGCAAUCGGAUUUGCUCCUGUAUCCUACGCAGCACCAGCGCACUACGCCGCGCCUAUCAUCAGCCAUGCUGCUCCCGUGACCAAGCUUGUUGCCACCGCACAACACGAGGAAUACGCUCAUCCUAAAUACGACUUCGCAUACUCCGUGGCCGAUGGACACACUGGCGACAACAAGUCCCAACACGAGAGCCGCGAUGGUGAUGCUGUGCACGGCGAGUACUCGCUGCUUGAAGCUGAUGGCUCAGUACGCAGCGUGCAGUACACCGCUGACGACCACAACGGCUUCAACGCUGUAGUCAGUCACUCCGCGCCCGCUAAACACGUUGUUUCAGCCCCCGCACAUUAUCUGGCUCAUCAUUAA